AUGGAAUACCAACAACCACAACAGGAUUACCAACCACAAGCGCAAGAACAGCCUCAGCAUGGUCAACCUCAACACCAUUACACUUCGAGUGAUGUUCAGCAGUCGUUGCUACCACAGAGAUCUACGGUCUCUAAGGGAAAAUACACCUUGAGUGACUUUCAAAUCAUGAGAACUUUAGGAACAGGUUCCUUUGGUCGUGUUCACCUGGUACGCUCUGUUCAUAAUGGACGUUAUUAUGCAAUAAAGGUUUUAAAGAAGGCCCAGGUGAUUAGGAUGAAACAGGUUGAGCAUACAAACGAUGAAAGACGUAUGCUAAAGCUCGUUGAGCAUCCAUUCUUGAUUAGAAUGUGGGGAACUUUCCAAGAUGCUAGAAAUCUCUUUAUGGUUAUGGACUACAUUGAAGGUGGUGAACUGUUUUCUCUGUUGCGGAAAUCUCAGAGAUUCCCAAAUCCUGUGGCGAAGUUUUACGCUGCUGAAGUGACAUUGGCCAUUGAAUACCUUCACAGUCACAACAUCAUUUAUAGAGAUUUGAAGCCCGAAAACAUUUUGUUGGACCGUAACGGUCAUAUCAAGAUCACUGAUUUUGGAUUCGCCAAAGAAGUUACCACUGUUACAUGGACACUCUGCGGAACUCCAGAUUACAUUGCACCAGAGGUUAUCACUACGAAGCCUUAUAACAAAUCCGUUGACUGGUGGUCAUUGGGUAUCCUUAUCUUUGAAAUGCUUGCAGGUUACACCCCAUUCUACGAUACAACUCCAAUGAAGACAUAUCAAAAGAUCCUUGCUGGUAAAGUUCAAUAUCCUUCAUUUAUGCAUCCAGAUGCUGUUGACCUCUUAUCACGUUUAAUCACAGCUGAUUUGACAAGACGUUUAGGUCAUUUGGCCAACGGUCCGGCAGAUAUUAGAAACCAUCCAUGGUUUGCAGAAGUUGUUUGGGAGAAAUUAUUGGCAAAAGACAUUGAAACUCCAUAUGAACCUCCAAUCACGGGUGGGACUGGUGAUACUUCUCUCUUUGAUCAUUAUCCAGAGGAACAAUUGGACUACGGUGUUGGCGGUGAAGAUCCAUACUCGCAAUACUUUGUCGAUUUCUAA